GCCACGACACGGUGUGCAAGAUCCUGAUCCAGCACUCCGUCGACAUCAACUCGCGCAACGUCUUCGACGCGUCCGCUUUGGACUUGGCGGCUACGGCUGGUCAUCUCCAAUGCGUCCGCGUGCUUGUCGACAGCGGGUUGGUGAAUGUGGAUGGGGAUCGGUUUGUGAGGACAGUAGCCGAGGCGCUGUUGGCGAGACCGGAUUGGCGGCUUCUUUUGCGCCGUUCAAAUACCCUUACGCACACCCGGCAUAAGACGGAGAAAGAGACGCCGAUGCGGAAGAUGAUCGCCAAAUUCCCCGAGCUGGCGUCGCUGGUGAUGGACAAGUGCAUAACG